AUCAGCUGUGUCCAAUCACAGCUGAUCACAUGGGACAUAUACACUGAUCAUCAGGGCACUGAUGAUCAGUGUGGCCCAGAAGUGCCACCUGUCAGUGUCCAUCAGUGCCAGUUGCCAGUGCCCAUCAGUGCCACAUAACAGUGCCCAUCAGUGCCACAUAACAGUGCCUACCAGUGCACAUCAAUGCCACAUAUCAGUGCCCAUCUGAGCUGCCUUUAAGUGUCACCCAUCAGUGCAAGUCAGUGCCACCUAUCAAUGCCAAUCAGUGCCACCUAUCAG